AUGGUGCCCUCCAGUGUCUUGGUUCGUGUGAUGGUGCCCUCCAGUGUCUUGGUUCGUGUGAUGGUGCCCUCCAGUGUCUUGGUUCGUGUGAUGGUGCCCUCCAGUGUCUUGGUUCGUGUGAUGGUGCCCUCCAGUGUCUUGGUUCGUGUGAUGGUGCCCUCCAGUGUCUUGGUUCGUGUUAUGGUGCCCUCCAGUGUCUUGGUUCGUGUGAUGGUGCCCUCCAGUGUCUUGGUUCGUGUGAUGGUGCCCUCCAGUGUCUUGGUUCGUGUGAUGGUGCCCUCCAGUGUCUUGGUUCGUGUGAUGGUGCCCUCCAGUGUCUUGGUUCGUGUGAUGGUGCCCUCCAGUGUCUUGGUUCGUGUGAUGGUGCCCUCCAGUGUCUUGGUUCGUGUUAUUGUGCCCUCCACAGUGUCUUGGUUCGUGUGA